AUGCAACUCUUCAAGCGGACGCCGGCAGAGGUACUUAGACCUACUACGACAAAUGUAUAUGGCUGGUUAAUCGACUGUGAGCGAGAAUGCACGCUUCGAGGCCUUGUCCCUUGUCGUUAUGUAUCACGUAUUCGUUGUCAUUCGCAAAAAAUUGUUGGGUCAAGUACAUGUGGCGUUCGUCGAGUGGCAGCAGUUGCUCGAGACCCGCUUCACCUACGAUUUGCACGAGUCGUUGGCGGAUUCGAGACGUUUCCGGAGCUUUUCCAUGGACAGCAGAAAUCAAAAGGAGACCGCCGUCCGGCUUCCUAUAUCGUUGUUGUGGGUGAAUGGGAUAUCACCGUAAAAGAAGGACACGAACAGACAUUUGACGUCUCUCACAUCUAUUUCUACCCACUCUAUGAAGAUCUCUUUGCUCAUGAUCUUGCUAUUCUGGAGAUCGACCAACCUGGAAUAAAGUUUGAUGACUGGGCCCAGCCCAUUUGCUUGCCUCCGCGACAGUUCACAUAUCAGAAGGGAAGAAAAUGUGUGGUGUCCGGCUGGGGCAGCGUUGGGCUUUCAUAUCCUAGACGGCUUCAAGCCGCUGUGUUGCCUAUUAUUGACAGGAUGGAAUGUGUGAAUUCUUCUCGCAUAUACAGCUCCAUGAGCCGCUCAGCUUUUUGCGCUGGAUACCUGCAGGGCGGUGUUGACUCGUGUCAAGGCGAUUCCGGUGGACCACUCGCCUGUCAGGACGGCAACGAACCAUACGUUUUGGCUGGUGUGAUUAGCUGGGGUGACGGAUGCGCUCAGAAGGCACAACCAGGAAUUUACACCAUGGUUGCUCCAUACUUGUCAUGGAUUGAAGGUGUACUGAAUGGUCUUUGA